AUGAACAAAGAUGCACCAGCCGAAAACCGGCCAAAAUACAGAGCAGGACGAAAACCAACAGCCGUAAAAGUGUACACUGUGAACCAAGAGUCAAAAUACUUAGUAGUUGAAAAUGUUCCAAGUAUCGGAGUGACCAAAGAGUUGUUGGAGCUGUGUGCGUUGUACGGAACUAUCGAAGAAUAUCGAUAUUUGGAUGAUUAUCCAUGCGAGGAAUUUACAGAUGUUUACUGGAUAAAAUACAGAUCUUUGGCCGAGGCUAGUUCGCCACUUUCGGUUCGAUAUGGACCAGAAUACGAAUCAAUACAAGAAACACGAGAAAAAUUGCAAGAUAGACGAACCGUAGUUGCAAUUAAAACACAAUCAUCGUCAUCUUCAAUGGCAUCUCCAUCGAUUACCGGACAACGACAACAGCAAUUAAAAAGAACGAAUGCCCAAACUCCUGACAAUACCAUAAAUAAUUAUUAUGUUGCUGCUAAUUCUUCUCAGCCUCCUCUUCCACCUGAUCCACCACCACCUCCAAUAUUUCCACAACCAGACCCUAAUGCAUACUAUCAUCAUAAUAAUUAUCCUCAAAAUUAUUAUCCGUCGAGUUCACAGUAUUUUUCGUAUAUGAGUUAUCAAAGCAAUGAACCUCCAAUUCCAGGUAUUGGAUAUACCACAACUGCGCCCAUACCCAGUCAUAAAGACGAGUUGAGCAAUGAGCCAAUCUCAUCUACUGUUCUCAACAUUCGCGAAAAAAUACAGGACGCGUCUUCAGUUAAUUUACCACCUCCUCGAACAAAUCAAACUCAAUCAACAGAAAAUAAUAUACCGACAAUUUCACCAUUGUCGUCUUCGGCAACAACAGCAGAUACAAACACAAGUCCACCUGUAAAAAAAC